CACUGGAGUUACUGGAGCAGCUGUCCACAACACGGAACUAGAGCCAGUUCACACCGCGCUACUGGUUCUCCAACUUCCACUCAGGCAUACCUGGACAGAAGAAGAAGACGCUUUUUGUUUUUUUAUUAUUAUUAUUUUUGUUUGAUUUCCGGGUGUUAAAAAGUUCAAUGCGGUUUCUGGGCUCAGAAAUGAUGGAGGAGCGACUUUUAGGAAAUCAAAGUAGAGUUCACAGCAUCGAGGCCAUUUUAGGCUACAGAGAGGAGGAGAGCAGUUUGAAGAAGCAGAGGAUGAUGAGCAGUGUCCGCUGUGACGUCAGGUCCGGCGCCCCGGUGAGCCCCGAUUUACCGGAAGGCGGCGACGGUCUGAAGCUGUCGGACGACGAGCGCGCGAAGAAGAAGCACAGGCGCAACCGGACCACGUUCACCACGUUCCAACUGCACGAGCUCGAAAGAGCGUUCGAGAAGUCGCGCUACCCGGACGCGUGCAGCCGGGAGGAACUCGCGCUCAAGGUCAACCUGCCCGAAGUGCGCGUGCAGGUGUGGUUCCAGAACCGUCGUGCUAAGUGGCGUCGUCAGGAGAAGCUGGAGUUGAGCUCCAUCAGCCCCAUCAAGCUGCAGGACUCAUCAGUGCUUUCCUUCCCCAGAUCUCCUGCUCUCGAACCAUGGAUGGCACCCCCAUGUGUCUCCUCCCCCACCUCUCCGCUGCACUCCUUUCCUCCCUUCCUUACCUCUCCGUCCAGUUAUGCUCCUCCAUCAUUCCUUGGAAGUCCAGCGGUCGGUCACACUCUGCCCCUCGGAGCUCCAUGUCCUCCUCCACUUCCCUUCCACUGUUCAGGUUUCAUGGACUCACUGUCUCUGGAGGACACAGAUCCUCGCAACUCCAGCAUUGCCUCGCUCAGGAUGAAGGCCAAGGAGCACAUUCAGGCCAUAGGGAAGUCCUGGUAGAUCCUGGACUCCUUGUGUGGGGAAAAAUGGAAUGGUCAAGCAACUCUGUACUUCCUGUAGACACUGAGAGAGAGAGAGAGAGAGAGAGAGAGAGGGAGAGAGAGAGAGAGAGAGAGAAAGAGAGAGACAGGGAGAGAGAGAGAGGGAGGGAGGAUACACGUCUGAAGCCCAUCUUCAGGUCUCAUCUUCAGUGGACGUGAAGAAACCCAGGAGCUGGACAGGAGAGACUUUAAAGUCCCAGAGUGGGCAUGUCUUAGUGAUGUUUGCCUGUGUCACAACAACAUUUGUAAGAAUACAUGAAUUAAAAAAGCAAAGAGAACAAAUUUGAAAAAAUUUGAAUGAAAAGAAAAAAUUGGGUUCUAAAGAUCACUCAAAAGACAAACCGUGUUCUCCGUCACAGAGCGUUCUCUAUCAGAACCCUUCCCUGAGGCUACAAAUCUCAUAAAAACAACAAACUCUUAAAGAAGCAUCAGAGAAACAUAGUGUUAAAAUAGGGAUAAAAAUAUUUUAAAAUGCUCCUUGAAGAGUUCUCAGCUUCAGAUAAUGGUUCUCUUGGGAAAAUUUCUGUGUUUGAUGAGCGUCUGUGAGCUCUAAGACAAUCUAUUUAUUCUUCUCUUCUCAUUCUUUGUGUAA